UCACCAUCCAACUGCUCCGUCACCGACCAACCACUUCUCUUCCAAGCUCGCUUCGUUUCGGCAGCGCCGAGGGGAGGAGACCGACCUCGCCCAUAAACAGGGUGAUGCCACGCCACUCGUUCAGAUGCACUUGAGGUGACCCUUGCAACGACACUUCGAGGACCAACUCGUCACCAGCCGGCUUCGGGUGACAUUGUCAAGCUGCUGCUCGGCCCAGCGCGCCCGGCACAAUGAACCACAUCGAUGCCUCGGCGCACUACGAUGAGACGGCCUUCAAGACGCAGGUCCCGUCCCUGCUCGUCGUCAUCGUAGACCUCAACCCCAGAGCCUGGGCCGUGCUCAACUCGGAGCUCCCCAUCUCGCAGGCUCUCGCCAACAUCCUCGUCUACAUCAACGCCCACCUGGCCUUUGGCAACGAGAAUCAAGUCGCGGUCCUCGCGGCUCAUACAAAUCGCGCGAUAUGGCUUUACCCGCGUCCUCCGAGCGACACUUCCUCGCAACGGUCUCGAGACCGUGACGGCGACGUCGACAUGAACAGUGACGAGCCGAUCCGCCACUCGACAAACACGGCCGACCUGGGCACGUCGGCCAACAAAUACCCUCUCUUCGCCCAGAUCGAGUCUACCAUCGUGGCGUCCAUACGAGACCUCCUCGCCGAGACGACGCCCGCCGACAUCGAGCCCACAACCACACUCAUGGCCGGCGCGCUGUCCAUGGCCCUCGCCUACAUCAACAAGACGUCACUCGCCUACGAGCCCGCCAAGGCAUCGUCCGAUCCGAACGAGCAGGCCACCGCGGCCGUGGCCCAGCAGAAAGCCCCAAACCUGCACUCGCGCAUGCUCGCCGUCUCCGUCUCCGACUCGGACCCGGCGCAAUACAUCCCCACGAUGAACGCCAUCUUCGCGGCCUCGCACUCGCGCAUCCCGCUCGACACCCUGUCGCUCGCCGGCAAGCCCACGUUCCUCGAGCAGGCCGCCUACAUCACCGGCGGGACCUUUCUCUCCGUCUCGUCCAACCCGCGCGGCCUGCUGACACACCUCAUGUUCGGCCUGCUUGCCGACAGCGACGCCCGCGAGGCCCUCGUCGCGCCGACCCAGGACACCGUCGACUUCCGCGUCGCGUGCUUCUGCCACCGCAACGUGGUCGACACGGGCUUCGUCUGCAGCAUCUGCCUCUCUAUAUUCUGCGAGGUUCCCGAGAACGCAGAAUGUCUGACCUGUGGCAACAAGCUCACGCUCGGCAAUUACGGUGCCAAACCCGCCGUCGUGCCCCGCAAGAAAAAGAAGAAGAAGAAGCUGCUCAACGGUGCCGGUCGGGAGGAGACUGGCAGUGCCACUGGCACUCCCAUCCCGGCAACGUGAUCAAGCCUGGUUUUUUCAAGAGUGUGUUUUCAUCAGCACUUGGGGAAUAUAUUCACAAAUCAAGGUAUAUCCGCAUAGCAAAGCAUAAAGGCGUUGGGCCGGGUCCAAUUUGAUUAGAACGUUCAAGGGAAGUCUCCAUGUAGGCUUUUUGGGGAGUGUUGUAUACAAUGAUCUACUCAGAAUGUU